AAUGACGCUGGUGGUGUUGCGGACUGCGAGGCUCUUUGGUGGUGAAUCGCCGCCACUAAACCGGCGAACAAUUAUGGUGAAGUUCAACAUUAACUUAUAGUACAAUUUCUGAGCGAAGGACAAUGUUAGGAGAGAUGAUGCUGAGAGCUGUCACACAGACAGUGCGAUUGUCUCUAGUGGUUCACCGACGCUUUCGGUGUCCAGUCCUGCACACAUGCAGAUGGCUGCACUCGAACCCUGCGCUCUGGGCAGGACACAACAAAUGGUCCAAGGUAAAGGAUAUUAAAAUACCUAAAGAUGCUGCUCGAGCCCGGAUGAUUGCCAAAUUCACCCUGAUGAUCAGGAUCGCAGUCAGAGAGGGAGGAUCUAAUCCAGAAUUUAAUGUCGCCUUGGCACAGCUUUUGGAACAGUGUCGGAACAAGAAUCUACCGAAAGCCACCGUAGACGGAGCAAUAAAAGGAGCUAAGUCAAAGCCAGGAUUGCAGCAUCUUUAUGAGGCCACAGGCCCCGGCGGCUGCACGUUACUUAUCGAGGUUUUGACUGACAAUAACACACGAUCCCAUCAAGAAAUAAAACGGAUCAUGACAAAACAUGGUGGGGCUCUGUGUGAAGGGGCACGCCGUAACUUUGACAGGAAAGGCUUUGUGGCAGCAUCCAGAGAUGAAAUCACGGACGAGAAGGCUCUAGAACUGGCCAUUGAGGCAGGAGCUGAAGAUGUACAGGAGACUGAGGAUGAGGAGGAGAGACCUGUACUACAGUUUAUUUGUGAUACGGCGUCGAUGAAGGCUGUGCGGAGCGCUCUAGACACUCUGGGGGUUCACACACUUUCAGCUGGUCUGGAGUUUGUUUCUCACACCCCGUCUCUCUUGAAUCGGGCUCAGCUGGAGACGGCCUCUUCUCUGCUGGAGGCUCUCAAUGACUGUCCAGAUGUGGUCCGAGUGUGGGAUAACAUUCAGGCACAGAGUUAGCACUCACAAUAAGUGAGGUGAUUGACACACAGUACAGAAAAAUGCACAGACUGAUGAUAGACCCGUAUGCUUCAUGGAUUGGAAAUAUACUUGCUCAGUUUGAUUGUUUGAUGGUGAAUGGAUGAUGUCUUAAUGCAGUCUGACAAUAUACUUUUAUCAUUGCGUGAAUAAAGAAGUUUUACUCGUGCAUGUGGAUGUCAGGCAGGAUUGUGAACAUUUAAUAAAAUCACGUUUU